UUUCUUUUUUUUUUUUUUUGAGACGGAGUCUCGCUCUGUCACCCAGGCUGGAGUGCAGUGGCGCGAUCUCGGCUCACUGCAAGCUCCGCCUCCCAGGUUCACGCCAUUCUCCUGCCUCAGCCUCUCCGAGUAGCUGGGACUACAGGCGCCCGCCACCACGCCCGGCUAAUUUUUUGUAUUUUUAGUAGAGACGGGGUUUCACCGUGGUCUCGAUCUCCUGACCUCGUGAUCCGCCCGCCUCGGCCUCCCAAAGUGCUGGGAUUACGAGCGUGAGCCACCGCGCCCGGCCCCCUGGUCCUUCUUUUAGCCAGAUCAGAUUCUCUGCCCCUUUCCCAAAAAAUCCCCCAUGUAAGAAAACGGCACCUCCCACCAUCUACCAGGGCUUAAGCCAGACACCCAGGAGUAUCCCUUGACACCUUGCUCUCAAAUCCACACCCCAGGCCAACAGCAAUCUUGUCUGAUCCACCUGCAAAAUAGAUCCACAAUCUACCUGCCCCCACCAUGACCCCCAACCUGGUCCUAGCCAACAUCGUCUGCCAUUUGCAUCUUCAUAGCAGCCCCAGCCCCAGUCUCUGCUCUAGCCCCUGCCUUCAGUCUCUACUUUCCCCACUCCCCCAAGAGACAACCAAAGGAAGCCUGUUAUAACACCUGAGUCAGAUCACAUAAAAGUCAAAUUCCUGAGUCCUCCCCACAGCCCACACAGUCUGGCACCCAUCGCUUACCCUCCCCCUUGGCCACUCUGCUGCAGCCACACUGGCCUCCUAGGUGCUCUACCAAGUCUGGUCUGCUUCAUCCAUAGGAGCUUUGCACUUGCUGUUCCCUCUGCCUGAACACUCCCCUGGUGUCCCCAUGGCUCACUCCCCUCCUUCAGGUCUCUGCUCAAAAGUUGCCUUCUCUGUGAGAUCCUCCCUGACCACUGCUGUUGCAAUCCACACCCCACCUCCAACUACCCCAUCCUCCCUACCUUGCUCGACUUUUUCCAUGACAUUUAUCAUCACCACCUAACAUUAAAAUGUACUUAAUUCUUAUGUUGACAGCAAUCUGCCUCCCCGCUAGAAUGUCGCGUCCUCAGGGGCAGGGCCUACUUGUUCACUGCUGUAUUACACACAGCUAAAGGAAGCCAGGCACAUAGUGAAUGUUCAAUACUUGUUGAAAAAACAAGUCGACUCAAAAACAUAGUUUUCCUUUUCAGCAGAGGUUAAAACUCCAAGACGGAUAAAUAUGUUCAUCUGUAAAAGGAGGCAUUAAAAAGACAGAGAAAUACGGAGGAGGCAGAGUCAUAUACAGUUUGCCGAGGACCCACAUCUCUACAGAAGUCAAACUAUUUGCACUCAAUUCCAUGCCCAGAGCAUCUAAUAAGAGACGAUACCCCCACCUGGUGGCUGGGACGGAAACGGCACCUUCCUACAAUACAGAACACCCAAAGGACCGUCGCCAAAGCCCUAGGAGUCUUUUGAGCCCAAUAAUUCAAAAGAUAGAACUGUUCAUUCAUCUAAGUGAUGUAGAUGUUUUGGUUGGUUUAUAAGAUGUAUAAGUUUAUAAAAACUGAUGAGAAAAAAAGAAGUGCUCCAGGUGAGGAUCGAACUCACAACCUCGGCAUUGCUCCGCCCGCACUGUCAUAUAAGUACCGCGCGCUAACCGAUUGCGCCACUGGAGCUUCGGCCGCACCCCUACGCCGGGAAGUUCUUCAGUGGUUCAUAGCCACGUGACCUCACCAGAGGGACCCCCCCGCCUUGUAUUGCAUAUGCAAAUUAAAAAUUUUGGAUUGACCAAUAGGAAACAGUGCAUUGCCAGUUCCGGAUUCUCACGCCUCGCGGCCUUUGCUGUAAAAGGGAAAAGUCCGCGAGGCGUUUGGAAUGUAGGAGUGUCGCCUACUAGAAGGACACGCCUCCUCAUGAAUAUUCAAAACAAGGGGUGGGAUCUUAACCCUUCGCUGGCGGGCCGGCCGGAAGGCAGCCCCUCCCCCCCCGCAGGCGGGAACAGGAUGUGAGCCCCGGCGACAGCGGGGGAGGGGAAGCCCCGAGCGACCGCCCCCCGCCUCACAGCUGGGACCGGACUCUCCCGCCCCAGAUGUGGCGCCGCCGCCGUCACACGAGCCCCGUGACACCCAGCCGGGAGCCCGAGGGGUCCAGAGGCUCGGACCCGGGCGUGCGGAAUUUCUGCACCGCAUCCUGAGAGACACCGAGGUCCAGGCCCUGGCGCCCAGGCUGGAGGACUUGAGCCAUCCAGGAGCGCAGCGCCCCCUCCUGGAGCAGCCGGGAGCCCGGACGUCACCCCGCGGGACCCUGGAAGCCGAGCGCCCCGUAUCCCCGUUUCAAGAACUCAGGAUCCAGGACCGCAGACUCCCUCCAGGGCUCCGAUCCCAAGACCCCGCGUUGGAGGAACUUGAGAUCUAGACUUCUAAGCGCCCCAACCAGUUUCGGGCUGCAGCGGCCAUCACUUCAAGGGGACCCAGGACUUUGGGACCCCCCUGUGCUCCCACCUGGAGGGAGUUUCAUUCCUGCCCCUAGAAUUAGGGGAACUCAGAAAUCCAUCCCCCACCCCACGGCCCUACCUAGAAGACAGGAAUGUGAGUCCCCAGCGCCGCCAUCUGAGACUCCAGAGUCGAGGCUCCUAGCAUCCCCUACGUAGAACACUGAGAAAUCCCGACUGCGGGACCCCAGUCUCCGAGAGACCCCAGAUUCUAUUCCUGGAGCCUGAGAGACCGAAGUUCACGCCCCUGAGUCUGGGCUCCGCACCUCCCCGGGGACCGCGUCGGGGUCGCGCAGGAGCCAGGCUGCCUCGGGCCGAGGCUGGAGGCUCCCCGGGAGCCCCCAUCUGUGAGUCGGCGGUGGAGAGGCCCAUGGGGUCCUGAUAUCCAAGAAGGGGCUCUUUCUGCAGGACUCUGCUGGGCCGCUCAGCCAUGCCUGAGGGAGCCCAAGGACUGAGCCUCUCCAAACCUAGCCUGAGCCUCGGGUGUGGCCGAAGAGGUGAAGUGUGUGACUGUGGCACCGUGUGUGAGACUCGGACAGCAGCUCCUGCAGCCCCCACCAUGGCCUCCCCCCGAGGUUCUGGGAGCUCCACAUCCCUGAGCACAGUGGGCUCUGAGGGGGAUCCAGCCCCCGGGCCCACUCCAGCCUGCUCAGCCUCCAGGCCAGAGCCCCUGCCAGGGCCCCCCAUCCGCCUACAUCUCUCUCCGGUGGGGAUCCCAGGUUCAGCCAAACCCUCAAGGCUGGAGCGUGUAGCCCGGGAGAUCGUGGAGACAGAACGGGCAUAUGUCAGGGACCUCCGCAGCAUCGUGGAGGACUACCUGGGCCCUCUGCUGGACGGCGGGGUCCUGGGGCUGAGCGUGGAGCAGGUGGGCACGCUGUUUGCCAACAUUGAGGACAUCUACGAGUUCAGCAGCGAGCUCCUGGAGGACUUGGAGAACAGCAGCAGCGCCGGGGGUAUUGCCGAGUGCUUCGUGCAGAGGAGCGAGGAUUUUGACAUCUACACAUUGUACUGCAUGAACUACCCGAGCUCCCUGGCCCUGCUCCGGGAGCUGUCAUUGUCUCCGCCAGCAGCCCUGUGGCUGCAGGAGCGCCAGGCCCAGCUUCGCCACUCACUGCCCCUGCAGAGCUUCCUGCUGAAACCUGUCCAGCGCAUCCUCAAGUACCAUCUGCUGCUGCAGGAACUAGGGAAGCACUGGGCAGAGGGCCCAGGCACUGGGGGCCGCGAGAUGGUGGAGGAAGCUAUUGUGUCCAUGACAGCAGUUGCCUGGUACAUCAAUGACAUGAAGCGCAAGCAGGAGCAUGCGGCGCGCCUCCAGGAAGUGCAGCGGCGGCUGGGUGGCUGGACCGGACCGGAGCUCAGUGCUUUUGGGGAGCUGGUGCUGGAGGGCGCGUUCCGAGGAGGUGGAGGGGGUGGCCCCCGGCUACGAGGGGGUGAGCGGCUGCUCUUCCUGUUCUCUCGGAUGCUGCUGGUGGCCAAGCGCAGGGGGCUGGAGUAUACCUACAAAGGCCACAUCUUCUGCUGCAACCUGAGCGUGAGCGAGAGUCCCCGAGACCCUCUAGGGUUCAAGGUGUCUGAUCUGACCAUUCCCAAGCACAGACACCUGCUCCAGGCCAAGAACCAAGAAGAGAAGAGGCUGUGGAUUCACUGUCUCCAGCGCCUCUUCUUUGAGAACCACCCCGCCUCCAUCCCUGCCAAGGCAAAGCAAGUUCUCCUUGAAAACAGCCUGCAUUGUGCCCCCAAAAGUAAGCCUGUCCCAGAGCCCCUGACACCCCCACUUGGGUCUCCUCGACCUCGAGAUGCUAGAAGUUUUACCCCUGGGCGAAGGAACACAGCUCCAUCUCCUGGGCCCUCUGUGAUCCGCCGAGGCCGCAGGCAGUCUGAGCCGGUGAAGGACCCUUAUGUCAUGUUCCCACAGAACGCUAAGCCUGGAUUCAAGCAUGCUGGCAGCGAAGGGGAACUCUACCCCCCAGAAUCUCAGCCACCAGUUUCAGGCUCUGGACCCCCUGAGGACCUGGAGGAUGCUGGACCCCCAACACUGGACCCCUCUGGGCCCUCAAUCACUGAAGAAAUCCUGGAACUGCUGAAUCAGCGAGGCCUUCGAGAUCCAGGGCCAUCCACCCAUGACAUUCCCAAGUUCCCUGGAGACUCCCAGGUGCCUCGAGACAGCGAAACCCUCACAUUCCAAGCCCUGCCCAGCCGGGACUCUUCAGAAGAGGAGGAGGAGGAAGAGGAAGGGCUGGAGAUGGAUGAACGGGGGCCUUCCCCACUCCACGUCCUGGAAGGGCUCGAAAGUUCCAUUGCAGCUGAAAUGCCCAGCAUUCCCUGCCUUACCAAAAUUCCUGACGUGCCCAACCUUCCUGAAAUUCCCAGCCGCUGUGAAAUUCCCGAAGGUUCCCGCCUUCCUAGUCUCCCUGACAUUUCCGAUGUUUUUGAGAUGCCCUGCCUUCCAGCCAUACCUAGUGUCCCCAACACCCCCAGUCUUUCUAGCACUCCCACCCUCUCCUGUGACUCCUGGCUCCAAGGGCCUCUGCAGGAACCAGCUGAGGCUCCGGCCACCAGGAGAGAACUGUUCUCUGGAAGCGAUCCUGGGAAACUGGGAGAGCCGCCUUCAGGAGGCAAGGCAGGGCCAGAGGAGGAUGAAGAAGGGGUAUCAUUCGCAGACUUCCAGCUCCAGGAUGUCACCCAACAUCAGGGAUUCCCAGAUGAGCUGGCAUUCCGCUCCUGCUCAGAAAUCCGGAGCGCCUGGCAGGCAUUGGAGCAGGGACAGCUGGCCCGGCCAGGCUUCCCAGAGCCACUGCUAAUCCUGGAGGAUUCGGAUCUGGGUGGAGACAGCGGGAGCAGGAAGGCAGGAGCCCCAAGUUCGGAAAGGACAGCGUCCCGAGUGCGAGAGCUGGCCCGGCUUUACAGCGAGCGGAUCCAGCAGAUGCAGCGGGCAGAGACUCGGGCAUCGGCCAACGCCCCGCGCCGCCGGCCUCGGGUUCUGGCCCAACCCCAGCCAUCCCCCUGUCUGCCCCAGGAGCAGGCAGAGCCAGGGCUCCUGCCUGCCUUUGGACACGUGCUGGUAUGUGAGCUGGCCUUCCCACUGACAUGUGCCCAGGAGUCUGUCCCCCUGGGUCCUGCUGCCUGGGUUCAAGCUGCCAUACCUUUGUCGAAGCAGGGAGGCAGCCCAGAUGGCCAGGGUCUACAUGUUUCAAAUUUGCCUAAGCAAGACCAUCCGGGCAUCCACGUUUCAGCUGCUACCCUUUUGCCUGAGCAAGGAGGUUCCCGGCAUGUCCAGGCUCCAGCAGCCACACCUUUGCCCAAGCAGGAAGGCCCCCUACACCUCCAGGUGCCGGCUCUUACAACUCUCCCUGAUCAAGGCCACCCGGAAAUCCAAGUUCCAGCCACCACUCCUUUGCCUGAGUAUAGAAGUCACGUGGCUAAACCGGCUCCAUCCACCGCCUUUUGUCCUGAGCAGGGACACUGUGGAGACAUCCACGUUCCCACCACUCCAGCUUUGCCCAAGGAGAUUUGUUCUGAUUUCACAGUUUCAGUCACCACCCCUGUGCCCAAGCAAGAAGGUCACCUAGACAGUGAGAGCCCAACCAAUAUCCCACUGACAAAGCAAGGAGGUUCCAGGGAUGUUCAGGGCCCAGACCCUGUCUGCAGUCAACCCAUCCAGCCUUUGUCUUUGCAUGGAAGCAGCCUGGAUCCCCAGAGUCCAGGCGACACCCUACCGCCGUUGCCGUGUCACCUCCCAGACCUUCAGAUUCCUGGUAGCUCACCUUUGCCUGCACAUGGAAGCCACCUGGACCAUCAGAUCCCAGCCAACGCCCCACUGUCUUUGUCCCAGGGCCUCCCAGACACUCAGGUUCCAGCUACCACACCUUUGCCCCUGCCACAAGUCCUCACAGACAUCUGGGCCCAAGCCCUCCCAACUUCACCCAGGCAGGGAAGCCUCCCAGACAUCCAGGGUCCAGCGGCUGCACCUCCACUUCCGGAGCCAAGCCUUACAGAUACACAGGUCCAAAAACUCACACCUUUGUUGGAGCAGAAGAGCCUCACAGAUGCCCAUGUUCCAGCUGCCACACCUUUACCUGAGAGAGGAGGCUCUCUAGACAUUCAGGGCCUCUUACCCACCCCAGUUCAGACCACCAUGGUUUUGUCCAAACCAGGAGGCUCCUUAGCCUCUCAUAUUGCCAGGUUGGAGUCUUCAGACUUGACCCCACCUCAUAGUCCCCCACCUUCCAGCCGUCAGCUCCUGGGCCCCAAUGCAGCUGCCCUCUCCAGAUACCUGGCAGCCUCGUAUAUCAGCCAGAGCCUGGCUCGGCGGCAGGGGCCUGGGGGAGGGGCCCCCGCAGCCUCCCGGGGCUCCUGGUCCUCUGCUCCCACGUCACGGGCAUCUUCGCCGCCCCCCCAGCCCCAGCCACCACCUCCCCCAGCCAGACGGCUCAGCUAUGCCACGACGGUUAACAUCCACGUGGGCGGGGGUGGGCGGCUGCGGCCAGCCAAGGCCCAGGUCCGGUUGAACCACCCUGCUCUCUUGGCCUCCACACAGGAAUUUGUGGGCCUUCGCAGGGCCCAGGGGGCUCCUGAUGCCCCCUUCCACAUGUGAGCCAGGACAUGAAGCUUCCCCAAAGCAAGGACUUCAGCCAGAUGCUAUAGACCCUCAGAACUUGACCCGGAAGUCCAGACACUGAACACGGGCCUCAAAACUGCUGCGGCUUUCCAACUCCUGGUAUCUGCAUCGGCGAAUGGCCCUUCUUGCCUUGAUCACAGGGAUGGGGAAGGGAAUGUCAUUAAUGUUUUGUCAAUUAAUACUGAUUCUUUAAUGCGAUGAUGUGUAUUUUCCCAUUCUGGAGGCUGUGGAAGAUGACAAGACAAUGAACGGGAAGGUCUGACACAGAACAAAUCAGUGGUUCUGAACGCUUGGGGAAUCUCAGACUCCUUUGAGAAAUAUUGGAAAAUGGACCCGCUAUACCUUGGCGUGUGAUUUCAGCAGGUCUGUGGACUGCUUGAUGCCCAUCCAGGAAAGCCAAGUUAAGAAUCUUUGCUUUGGGCUGGGCGCGGUGGCUCACGCUUGUAAUCCCAGCACUUUGGGAGGCCGAGGCGGGUGGAUCACGAGGUCAGGAGAUCGAGACCACGGUGAAACCCCGUCUCUACUAAAAAUACAAAAAAAUAGCCGGGCGUGGUGGCGGGCGCCUGUAGUCCCAGCUACUUGGAGAGGCUGAGGCAGGAGAAUGGCGUGAACCCGGGAGGUGGAGCUUGCAGUGAGCCGAGAUUAUGCCACUGCACUCCAGCCUGGGCGACAGAGCGAGACUCUGUCUCAAAAAAAAAAGAAUCUUUGCUUCAAGUAGACCCUAGAAAUCCAUUCCCUUGGCAAUUUAUACAAUUCACGUCUCCCACCAUCCGUUCAUCUCACCUACCCUGCCAUCUCUCCACCUAUCCAUCCGGCUAUUGCUCCAUCUAGCUUUCCCUUUCCAUCUGCCCAUCGUCCAAUACAUCAUCUCACGUAUCUGCCUUGCUUAUCCAACUGUCUGCCCUAUUCACCCACCCGUCCCUUUAUCAUUCUACCCCCAUCUGGCAUUCCAUCCUUCCAACCAUUUAUCCAUCAUCCCACUUACCCAUCUUCUCCAUCCAGCACUCCAUUCAUCCGUCCAUCUCUCCCUCCAUAUUUCCAUCUGUGUCCAUUCAUCCACUCAUUUUGCCAUCCACACAUACUCACCCAGCCAUCUCCCAAUCCAUCAACAUACCCCAUCCCUCCCUCACUGGACUCUUCGGGGUGUUAGUACUAUGAUACUUCAGAGACAGUUCCAUGCUGAUACAGGGGAGAUCAAUUUUGGGGCUCUGGGAUAAGUCUGUCCCACAUCUGUCUGAUUUCCCUUGGCAUCCUUCCCGCCAGUUCCUCAUGAAUAUCCCAGUUCUUGUGCCCACUCACAUACCUCAGAUCCCUUCACUCCUCCCCACAGUUUGCAGCCUCUACAAUUCAUCCACAUGCUCCCUCCCCCAGCAAAAUAAUUCAGGUGGUGGAGACAAAAGGCUUUUAUUUUAGGUUCUGUCUGCCCCCUUGUUCCAGCAGUGGUAUGCCCAGUGAGAGGCACAAUUUAAGCAGUUUCUUUGGUGAUGAUUAUUAGCUGCUUUCAUCAAAUACUUAGCCUCUUGUGCUUUAGCACAUUAUUUAUGUAAGCUCCCCUGGGAUUCUCUGAAGCACUCUGGUGUCCUGGCUAUGAAUUCAAGUCCCAUCUUUACUUAUUUGAUGUGGGUCCUCCCUCUGAGCCAGUUUUCUCAUCUACAAAAUGAAGACAACAGUACUUCCCUCCUGAGAUCACUGAAGGAUUUAGGGAGCACAUCCUUCCACUUCCCAAACAUGUUUGAACCUCUGACUUGCUUAGGAGCAUCAUUCAAAUCACAGAUCCCACAGGAUCUAGUCCCGACCUGUUGAAUCAGGACCCCCAGGGCAGGAGGAGCUUGGGAAUCUGAUUUUUUUUUUUUUUUUUUUUUUUUAAAUACAGCCUCACUCUGUCACCCAGGCUGGAGUGCAGUGGCGCAAUCUUGGCUCAUUGCAACCUCCACCUCCUGGGUUCAAGCAAUUCUCAUGCCUCAGCCUCCCGACAUAGCUGGGAUUACAGGCGUGCACCACCAUGCCUGGCUAAUUUUUUGUUGUUGUUGUUUGUUUGUUUGUUUUGUUUCUGAGACAGAGUCUCGCUCUGUCGCCCAGGCUGGAGUGCAGUGGUGCGAUCUUGGCUCACUGCAAGCUCCGCCUCCUGGGUUCACGCCAUUCUCCUGCCUCAGCCUCCCGAGUAGCUGGGACUACAGGCACCCGCCACCACACCCGGCUAAUUUUUUUGGUAUUUUUAGUAGAGACAGGGUUUCACUGUGUUAGCCAGGAUGGUCUCGAUCUCCUGACCUUGUGAUCCGCCCGGCUCGGCCUCCCAAAGUGCUGGCAUUACAGGCGUAAGCCAUCAUGCCUGGCUGGGAAUCUGAAUUUUUUUUUUUUUUUAGACGGAGUUUCCCUCUUUUUGCCCAGGCUGGAGUGCAAUAGCACGAUCUCGGCUCACUGCAACCUCUGCCUCCCAGGUUCAAGUGAUUGUCCUGCCUCUAGCUGGGAUUACAGGCGCCCACGACCACGCCCAGAUAAUUUUUGUAUUUUGUAGUAGAGACGGGAUUUCACCAUAUUGGCCAGGCCAUAGUGGUCUUGAAUUCCUGAUCUCAGGUGAUCUGCCCGCCUCAGCCUUCCAAAGUGUUGGGAUUACAGGCGUGAGCUACAAUACCCUGCCCAGGAAUCUGAAUUUUUAGCAAUCAGUUAACAGCAAAUAAGCUGAGAUUUACUGGGUACUAAGCACAUCCUAUGAACAUUACAGCCACUUUAUAUAAGCUCGUUCACUGUCCUCAUAACAUUUCUAAUAUGCAAGUGAGCAUGUUUUUUAAUCCUCAGUCUAGAGGUGAGGAAACUGAGGCAGGCACAGAGAGGCUAAGGGAUUUGCCUAGUCACACAGCUAGGAAGGUGCAGCACUGAGACUCGAAUCCACACAGCUUGGCUUAAGUCUACCAUUAAAUUUGCCUGUCCUGGCCAGGUGCAGUGGCUCACGCCUGUAAUCCCAACAUUUUGUGAGGCCGAGGCAGGUGGAUCACUUGAGGUGAGGAGUUCCAGACCACACCAACCUGGCCAACAUGGUGAAAUCCCGUCUCUACUAAAAAUACAAAAAAUUAGCCGGGCAUGGUGGUGGGCGCCUGUAAUCCCAGCUACUCAGGAGGCUGAGGCAGGGGAAUCACUUGAACCUGGGAGGUGGAGGUUGCGGUGAACCGAGAUUGCGCCACUAGACUCCAGCCUGGGAGAUGAGCAAAACUCCGUCUCAAAAAAAUAAAAUAAAAUACAUAAAUAAAUGUGCCUGUCCUGUGCCAGGUGCUGUUCUUGCCAGUGGGGAUACGUGAGAGAACACUGCCUUGCCCACAUGAGGCUUGUGGCCUGGUGCUGCGCGCAGCUCAGGGGAUUCUGAUAAUUAGCUGAGUACAGUUGCCAGCACAGGGCCUGGCUCAAUAAAUAUUAGCUGCUGGCUUCUG